AUGGCGCCUCUACCCAUCAAGUUUCAGGAGCUGGUGCAGCUCGCCAACGUCGGAGUCGAUACGCAAUCCAUCGGCUUCAACUCUUGCACACUCGAGUCCGACUCGUACAUUUGCAUCCGAGAAAAGAAGAGCGAGGCGGCCCAACCCGAAGUUGUCAUCGUCGAGCUCAAAAAUGGCAACAACGUCACGCGACGGCCAAUCAAGGCCGACAGCGCCAUCAUGCACUGGAACCGCCUCGUCAUUGCCCUCAAGGCCCAGUCUCGAACCCUGCAAAUCUUCGACCUCGAGCAGAAGAAGAAGCUCAAGUCGUGCACAAUGAAUGAGGACGUCCAGUUCUGGAAGUGGAUCAGCGAGUCCACCCUCGGCCUGGUCACCACCAGCAGCGUCUACCACUGGGACGUUUACGACCCGGCCCAGGACGCGCCCACCAAGGUCUUCGAGCGCAACGCCAAUCUGAAUGGCUGCCAGAUCAUCAACUACCGCGCCAACGAGGACGGCAAGUGGAUGGUGGUGGUGGGCAUCUCCUCCCAGGGCGGCCGCGUCGUCGGAGCCAUGCAGCUGUACUCCAAGGAUCGUGGCAUUAGUCAGGCCAUCGAGGGUCACGCCGCUGGCUUUGGCUCCCUGAGGCUGGAAGGCGCUCCGCAGGACACCAAGCUCUUCAGCUUCGCCGUCAGGUCCGCCACGGGCGCUAAGCUGCACAUUGUUGAGGUCGACCACCCCGAGUCCAACCCUGUCUUCCCCAAAAAGGCCGUCGACAUCUUCUUCCCCCCUGAAGCCACCAACGACUUCCCCGUGGCUCUGCAAAUCUCCCAAAAGUACGGCGUCAUCUUCAUGGUGACAAAGUACGGUUUCAUUCACCUCUACGACCUCGAGUCCGGCUCCUCCAUCUACAUGAACCGCAUCUCGAGCGAGACCAUUUUUACCAGCUGCGCCGAUGACGACUCGUCUGGCCUCGUGGGUAUCAACCGAAAGGGUCAGGUGCUCUUCGUCACCGUCGACGACACCACCAUUAUCCCCUACCUUCUCGAGAACCCUGCGAAUACCGAGAUUGCCAUCAAGCUGGCAUCGAGAGCUGGACUCCCUGGUGCAGACAACCUCUACGCGAAGCAGUUUGACCAGCUGUUCAACUCUGGAAACUACAUGGAGGCCGCCAAGAUUGCCGCCAACUCUCCCCGGGGCUUCCUCCGAACUGGGGAGACGAUUGAAAAGUUCAAGAGACUGCCUGCGCAGCCGGGUCAGAUGGCCUUCACCCUGCAGUACUUUGGCAUGCUCCUCGACAAAGGCGCGCUGAACCAGCAGGAGACCAUCGAGCUCGCCCAGCCCGUCCUCCAGCAGAAUCGAAAGCACCUGCUGGAAAAGUGGCUCAAGGAGGGCAAGUUGGAUUGCUCGGAGCAGCUCGGCGACAUGGUGCGGCCGUACGACGUCAACAUGGCCCUAACCAUCUACCUGAAGGCCAACGUGCCUCACAAGGUCGUCGCGGGCCUCGCCGAGACUGGCCAGUUUGACAAGAUUCUCCCGUACGCCGCCCAGACCGGGUACCAGCCCGACUACAUUCAGCUUCUGCAGCACAUCAUCCGGACCAACCCGGAGAAAGGCUCCGACUUCGCAUCAGCCUUGGCCAACAGCGAGCAGGGCCCGCUCGUUGACUUUGAGCGUGUCUGCGACAUCUUCCAGUCACAGGGCAUGAUUCAGCCGGCGACCGCGUUCCUGCUUGAGGCACUCAAGGAGAACAAGCCGGAGCAUGCACGCCUCCAGACGCGCCUCCUCGAGAUGAACCUGAUGCAAGCGCCUCAGGUGGCCGAGGCCAUUCUCGGAAAUGACAUGUUCACGCACUACGACCGGCCUCGGAUCGCCCAGCUCUGUGAGCAGGCUGGCCUUUUCCAGAAGGCCUUGGAGCUUUACGAGGAUCCCGAGGCCAUCAAACGGGUCGUCAUCAACAUUACGGGCAGCCCCAACUUCAACCCAGAGUGGUUUACCAACUUCUUUGGCAAGCUGUCCGUGGAGCAGUCCCUCGACUGCCUCGACGCCAUGAUGAAGCACAAUAUUCGCCAGAAUCUACAGGCAGUCGUCAACAUUGCGACAAAAUACUCGGAGCUUCUUGGCCCUGUUCGGCUGAUUGAUCUCUUUGAGAAGUACAAGACCGCCGAGGGACUUUUUUACUAUCUCGGCAGCAUCGUCAAUCUUUCCGAAGACCCCGACGUGCACUUCAAGUACAUUGAGGCUGCCACCAAGUCGAACCAGCUUAACGAGGUCGAGCGCAUCUGCCGGGACAGCAACAGCUACAACCCCGAAAAGGUCAAGAAUUUCCUCAAGGAGGCCAAGUUGCCCGAGCAGCUGCCGCUUAUCAUCGUGUGCGACCGUUUUAACUUUGUCCACGACUUGAUCCUCUACCUCUACCAGAACCAGCAGUUCCAGGCUGUCGAGGCCUACGUCCAGCGUGUCAACCCCUCCAGGACGCCCGCGGUCGUUGGCGGUUUGCUCGACGUCGACUGCGAAGAGAGCAUCAUAAAGCAGUUGCUCAGUACCGUCAACGCGCAGCAGAUCAGCAUUGACGAGCUGGUCUCGGAGGUCGAGUCGCGCAACCGCCUCAAGCUACUGCUGCCAUUCCUGGAGGCCACGCUGCAGUCUGGAAACCAGCAGCAGGCCGUGUACAAUGCGCUUGCCAAGAUCUACAUCGACUCGAACAACAACCCCGAGAAGUUCCUCAAGGAGAACGAUCAGUAUGACACCUUGACGGUCGGCAAGUACUGCGAGAAGCGCGACCCCAACCUGGCGUACAUUGCAUACUCCAAGGGCCAAAACGACCUGGAACUCGUCAAUAUUACCAACGAAAACUCAAUGUACCGAGCUCAGGCUCGCUAUCUGCUGGAGCGAGCCGACGCGGAGCUUUGGCGCUUCGCCCUCAGCGAGAACAACAUCCACCGCCGCUCUGUCGUGGACCAGGUCAUCUCCACCGCGGUCCCCGAGUCCACCGAUCCUGCCAAGGUUUCUGUUGCCGUCGCCUGCUUCCUUGAGAACGACUUGCCCAUGGACCUUAUUGAGCUCCUUGAGAAGAUCGUCUUGGAGCCAUCUCCUUUUAGCGACAACCAGAACCUGCAGAACCUGCUCAUGUUCACGGCAGCCAAGGCCGACAAGGCUCGUGUGAUGGACUACAUCCACAAGCUUGAUGCCUACAACGCCGACGAUAUCGCCACGUCCUGCAUCGAGGUCGGCCUUUUCGAGGAGGCCUUUGAGAUCUACAAAAAGGCCGACAACAAGUCGGCGGCGGUCAAUGUCCUUGUCGAGCACGUCGUUAGCAUCGAUCGCUCUCAAGCGUACGCCGAGGAGGUUGACAUUCCCGAGGUCUGGAGCAAGGUGGCCAAGGCGCAGCUCGACGGUCUCCGCGUUCCGGAUGCCAUCGAAUCGUAUAUCAAGGCCGACGAUCCCAAGAACUACGAAGAGGUGAUUGAGAUUGCCACCCAUGCGGGCAAGAACGAGGAGCUUGUCAAGUACCUGCGCAUGGCUCGCAAGACCAUGCGGGAGCCGGCAGUCGACACCGCCCUGGCCUUUUGUUACGCUCGCCUGGAUCAGCUACCCGAGCUCGAAGACUUCCUGCGAGCCACCAACGUCGCCAACAUUGAGGAGUCUGGCGACAAGGCUUACGAGGAGGGCUUCUUCGAGGCAUCCAAGAUUUUCUACACCAGCAUCUCCAACUGGGCCAAGCUUGCCACUACGCUUGUGCAUCUCGAGGACUACCAGGCUGCCGUCGACUGCGCACGGAAGGCAAACAACAUCAAAGUCUGGAAGCAGGUGCAUGAGGCGUGCGUGGCCAAGAAGGAGUUCCGCCUGGCCCAAAUUUGCGGCCUGAAUUUGAUUGUCGACGCGGAGCAGCUGCAGACGCUGGUCAAGGAGUACGAGCGAAACGGCUACUUUGAUGAGCUCAUCAACCUACUCGAGCAGGGCCUCGGCCUCGAGCGCGCCCACAUGGGCAUGUUCACCGAGUUGGGCAUUGCUCUCUCCAAGUACCACCCAGAGCGACUGAUGGAGCACAUCAAACUGUUUUGGUCGCGGAUGAAUAUGCCCAAGAUGAUCCGCGCAUGCGAGGAAGCCAACCUGUGGCCCGAACUGGUCUUCUGCUACUGCCACUACGACGAGUUUGACAAUGCCGCCCUUGCCGUCAUCGAGAGGCCCGAGAACUCGUGGGAGCAUCAGCAGUUCAAGGACAUUGUGGUCAAGGUGGCCAACCUGGAAAUCUACUAUCGCGCCAUCAAGUUCUACGUCGAGCAGCACCCGUCGUUGCUCACGGAUCUCCUCGCUUCUCUGGCGCCCCGCGUCGAUGUUAACCGCGUCGUCAAGAUGUUCCAGAAGAACGACAGUCUGCCGCUCAUCAAGCCAUUCCUUCUCAAUGUGCAGUCGCAGAACAAGCGCAUAGUCAACGAGGCCGUCAACGACCUGCUCAUCGAGGAGGAAGACUACAAGACGCUGCGUGACUCGGUGCAGAACCACGACAACUACGACGCGGUCGGGUUGGCUAGCCGUCUGGAGAAGCACGAUCUCAUCUUCUUCCGCCAGAUUGCUGCAAACAUCUACCGCCAGAACAAGCGGUGGGAGAAGUCGAUUUCGCUGUCCAAGCAGGACAAGCUCUUCAAGGACGCCAUCGAGACUGCGGCCACGUCGGGUAAGACCGACAUUGUUGAGGAUCUCGUUCGAUACUUCGUCGACAUUGGCCACCGCGAGUGCUUCACGGGCAUGCUGUACGCCUGCAAUGACCUCAUUCGUCCGGAUCUCGUCUUGGAACUGUCCUGGCGUCACGGCCUCACGGACUUCACCAUGCCCUACAUGGUCAACAUGCUGGCGCAGCAGACCAAGGAGCUCACCAUUCUCAAGGCCGACAACGAAGCCCGAAAGGCCAAGGAGAAGGAGCAGGAGAAGACGGAGGAUGACCGGCCCAUUCUUGGUGGGUCUCGGCUCAUGAUUACUGCCGGACCCGGUGGCGGCAUGGGCGGCGGAGGCAUGUCCCCCGCCCCUUACGGCCAGACCAACGGCUUCGCACCGCAACCCACCGGAUACGGUUACUAG